AUGAGCACUUCCCUGCCAAUCUCCGCCCAUGUGCCAACUGCGACCCACGCACCGCCUCCCGCCCAGAAGAAUGCGCGCCAGUACCCCGACAUGUUAGGCACCCCUCCAGUUCCUCCCCCGAGGACUUCGUCCAAUCGUCACAGCCCCAAUGGAUCAAGAGAAAAGGAUGCAUCGCGAGGGAAAGGCCGGGCCGACCGCAAGGAAAACCGCGAUCGCGACCGGGAUAGGGACCGCAACGGAAAGAGUCGAUCUCGACGGGAUCCCACAGAGCCGACACAGGAAUCAGGACGGUCUAGAGGAGCUUCAGUCGCAUCGCCUGCCGAUUCGAGCUUGGAGGAGGGUUCGGAUCUGGUGAAAGAGCCCAGUACGAUUAUCAACGCUGUCAUGGUGAGUGAUCCCAUGGUGGAUCACGAACGGGAGCAGGUGCGCCAAGCAGGCGCAUCCUCUGCCACCGUGGACACGGCCUUACCCAUUGGGCACGAUGACGCGGAUGAUGAACCUCGUGGACCACGGAGUCGCCAUGACUACGACAAUUGCAAUAUCGUCAAGCGAAAGGAGACCACCUUUGGCUCUUACAUUCUAGGUCAAACUCUUGGAGAGGGAGAAUUCGGAAAGGUCAAGCUGGGCUGGAAAAGAGAUGGCAGCAUCCAAGUUGCGAUCAAACUCAUUCGCAGGGACACCCUGGGCACCAAUCCUACACGCCUGCCGAAGAUCUACCGGGAAAUCUCGAUCUUGCGCGAUCUCGCCCACCCCAACAUUGUCCGCCUCCACGAGAUGGUGGAAACGGAUCGACAUAUCGGAAUCAUCAUGGAGUACGCGUCUGGAGGUGAAUUGUUCGACUACAUCUUGAAUCACCGUUACCUGAAGGAUAACUCCGCCCGCCGCUUGUUUGCUCAGCUAGUGUCGGGUGUUGGUUAUCUACACAAGAAAGGAAUUGUGCACCGAGACCUCAAGUUGGAAAAUCUUUUGUUGGAUCGGAAUCGUAACAUCAUUAUCACGGAUUUUGGUUUUGCCAAUACCUUCAACCCAAUUGACCAAUUGGAGGAGGAGAUUGAAUAUAACUUGACCAACAAGGAAUAUGUGAAGCGAAAGCGACUCGACAAACUAGGGCCUGAUGGUUUGCGCCGCGGAGAUCUCAUGCAGACUAGCUGUGGAAGCCCCUGUUAUGCUGCCCCGGAACUGGUGGUGAGCGAUUCAUUAUACACUGGACGGAAAGUUGACGUGUGGAGUUGUGGUGUGAUUCUGUACGCUAUGUUGGCCGGUUACCUUCCAUUCGAUGAUGACCCAGCGAAUCCAGAUGGUGACAAUAUCAACCUCCUCUACAAAUACAUCGUCACCACUCCCCUCACCUUCCCAGAAUAUGUGACUCCCCACGCUCGCGAUCUAUUGCGCCGAAUCCUGGUCCCUGAUCCUCGCAAGCGAGCGGAUCUGUUCGAAGUUGCUCGCCACAGCUGGCUCAGCGAAUAUGCCCACAUUGUCUCCCAUAUCACUAGCAGCACCACUAACGUGGCGGACAUCGCCAAUACCACCGUCCCAGCUGAAUCGCAAAGUGAAGCUCCGCCUCUGGCCCGUAGUGCCUCUGUCCGUGAACCUCCCAAGACCAGCCAGGGCAAUGUCUCGGCCGUUGGUGGUCUGAACCACCAUGCUGGUGAUGUCUCCCAGGAUUCCCCUAGUGAGAAAUCCAAAACCUCUCGAGAUGCGAAGCGGAGGACUGUGCAAGUGGAAUAUGUGGCUCCUCAAUCCCAAACUGCGAGGGGCGAAUAUCGAACUGAAGCUUCUGGGUCGCGGAGUCGAGAAACGGCUCAGCCCGAGGCUCCGACUACGGAAACCGCUGUUAAGCCAACACCUAAGCCCGUCGCGAAACCACCAAUCAAUUAUGACAAGCCGUUGCCCAGCCACUUCCCUCGAUCCGCCUCCGAUUAUCCUGUGACUACGACGGGCACACACACCUCGGCUCCACCACCGGCCCCGGUACCAUCAUCUACACGUCCCCAAACAGGUGGCUCCAUGGCAUCCUUUAACACGGGCCGACUACCUUCUCGUGGGCAACCGGUGGCCCCCAUGGUUACCGCAACCAACACGGAAGGUCGUCUGGCACAGCCCAAGAGCAGGCAAUUUGCAUUCCCCCAGAAUCCCGCACAGUCAUCGAGCACAUCGAUUGGCCGUCCCAGCACCCAGCAAUUACCAUCAGCAUUCAACCCCACUCCGAGACAAGACCCACCAGCCAAGGGACACAAGCGAUCCAACACCGUGUCAAGCAUUGGCGAGAAAUUAUUCGGGCGCUCUUCUUCUCUCAUGGGUGGCAAUCGUAACUCCCAAAAUACUGCUUCUCGGACACGCAACACCAAACGGUACCCUCCUACUAGCAUGAAGGAGCCGGUAUCUCGCGAUGAUUCUCGUGCUUCGAUGGAUUCUCGCCGAUCCGUGCAAAAUCCGCAUACCCGUAAGGUGAGCGAAGCGGGAGAGGGCCGCCCCCGUCGCUUUUCUCUCCUGCCAGCUUCCUUCUCCUUCCGAACCUUCUCAUCUACACGAGCCCAAACUCCUGAAGACACAUCUCCUAGCCCGCAUCCCGUGGACCCUCGCAGCCAACAGCGUCCCGCUACCGGACCCCUGCCUAAUCGACCUCGUGCAACCAGCUAUGGAACGCAAGAGGCGAUGGGUAUGGUGAGUGAGGGACCAAGUGACGAGGUUCACGACGCUUCAAACCCAGGCGAGCCGGAGCCUCUCAGCUACGAGGCUCAGAUUGAUCAGCAAUUUGCUGAGCUCGGGAAUCGAUUUGACCAGACCCAGGAUUCUUUUGGCAAUGUUUCCUCAGAGCACGCGUAUGAAAAUCCGGAUGAUCAACAUUCUGGAACCAACUACACGUACGGGUCUUCCAAGCCCAACUACUACGAUGAUUACAACAGCACUGGCACCUAUGACAGCUUGCCGCGACAGUCAAUGCAGACGGGUCGGUCUGGGCGGGGGCCAGGUGUCCUCCAGAAGAACAACCGCAAGUUUGCUGAUGCCUACGAGUAUGAGCGGGAUCUUUCUCAUCAUUCUGGUAGCUCCGGUGCAGCUCGGAAGGUCAUGGACUUUUUCCGCCGUCGGGCCAAGUCCCGUGCUGGUGAAUAA